GACAAAAGCGUGAGCUGUUUUGGGGCUGGUUUUCGUGUGUCGCUUGUAUGUAAUAUGAUCAGUAUGAUGACGAGACCUUUUCUCGUCGCUUAUUUCGUUUGCAUUAUAAUUUCGCCGCACAUAAACGUGUACGUAGCAUGCGACUGCCCUGGGCAGAGCGCCGGCGGCGAUGACACCUGUCCGAUCUCUGAGAGUCAACACGAAAAACACAAGUACUACUACAAUGAGCGCUGGUCGGGUUACUUGCAGGCCAUAAACAAGAGCCUGGACGAGUACGUUCCCUGCGAAGACGACGACAACGGGCAGAAGUGUUCGUGUCACGCUUCAGUUAUAGAUGACGACCUUAGUCCGUGGUCUAAGACGGGCAUUUCCUCCGAACUCGUCGAGCGCUCCAAACCCAGGGGCGUGCUUUACCAAGUCGUGAACCACAAACUGUACAGAACCAAAGAGUGCAUGUUUCCCUUCCGUUGCCUCGGCGUGGAGCACUUCAUCCUCAAGAUUGUGGACGAGUUGCCUGACGUCGAGUUCGUGCUCAACACGCGAGACUGGCCGCAGGCGCACAAGCGCAUCGAAUCUUUACCGGUGUUCUCGUUUAGCAAGACGCGUGAGUACUCGGACAUAAUGUAUCCGGCGUGGACCUUUUGGGCCGGCGGACCGGCCAUCAGCCUUUAUCCAACGGGUAUCGGCCGCUGGGACCUACAACGAGACAUCAUCAACAAGGCUGCGAACGGAGCGUGGACUUGGGAAAAGAAAAAGGCUUUAGGAUUUUUUCGGGGGUCGCGAACAAGCUCGGAGCGCGACCCAUUGAUCCUACUGUCACGGAGCAAGCCCAACCUCGUUGACGCGCAGUACACCAAGAACCAGGCCUGGAAGUCAGACCAGGACACCUUGGGGCGGCCUGCGGCUGAGGAGGUGCGCUUUGAAGAUCACUGCAAGUACAAGUACCUCUUCAACUUCCGCGGAGUUGCUGCGAGUUUCCGGCUCAAACAUCUCUUCCUGUGCAAGUCGCUCGUCCUUCACGUUGGUGACGAGUGGCUCGAGUUCUUCUACCCGCAGCUAAAGCCCUGGGUCCACUAUGUGCCUGUAUCCGUGGAUCUCAACGAGGUCGAAGAGCUACUGGAGUUUGCGAAGGAAAACGACGAAGUGGUGCGUGAAAUAGCUGAGCGAGGCUACGAUUUCAUUUGGAAACACCUGAGAAUGGAAGAUGUACAAUGCUACUGGCGCAGGCUGCUAAACAAAUAUGCAAGUCUGCUACGGUACAAGGUUGUUAGAGACAAGUCUCUCGUAAGAAUCACAGCAAAAAGUUAGAGAGACUAACAGCCAGUUUUUACGGUGCCCAUUUCUUUAGCGCAGUGAACAUUUUAAUGGUCGGAAUCUCAAACACCACGCAACAUAUUUUAUCAUAAUUUUCUAUAAGCAUUGGCAUGAAGUCAUAUGCUACAAACACGCUGGAAGCAGUGAUAGGUGAGCGCAGUAGCGAUUAUAGUGGCAUGCAGAUGAACAUUCCGUGAACCGACUACUGCUACUUUACUGAAGGCAGCUUCUCUCGGGACAUCAACCAACCUUCAGGAGUUCUCCCAAGGAUUUCCUGAGUGUGCCUGUGUUUCUUAAAAAAGAACAGGAACAGAACUGUCACAGCAAAUGAACAUUCCCGCAUCCAGCGGGCAAAACACGUGUGCACGCCUUCCAUGGUGAUGACUGGCCAUCGCCUAAAGACGUUUCCAUAUUGUCAAACAUUUUAAAAACAGUUACACCCUUGGGGCUGUCUUCUUGUCGCACAACAAUAAUAGUCAUCUAUGUCACGUGACUCUCAUUGCUGCAAUUCUGCACGAUCGAUAGGCCACGAAUGGCAUGUAGCAGAGCAUAUUCUUGGUAGGAAAGUAGUCAGCGCCCAGUUUUCUAGACUGGAAAUGCAAGCAAGCCAGAUAAUGGUUAUUGUUGUGUGGCAAAAGCAUGCCUCAAAGCUUGCAACUGUUUUUAAGAGUAGAGUGGCAGGUCCAAUCAUUGCCCGUGUGCUCUUUUUAGCACCACUGUGCAGGGUGUACCCAGCCCAAUGAUCUAUCCAUGAAAAGUGUAUCCUUAUCAAGUUCCUUCUUUUCUCUCACAUUCAUGACCUUAGUGUGCCAAGCUCCCAUUAUUUUUCUCCUUAACCAUUGGUAUACAGCUGUGAGUCAUCCAGGUACUUUUGUCGUCUGUAUUUGUACUUUCACCCACGCAUUGCUUGGGACUUUUCAUUGUUCACAAGUUCAAGUGGAACGGUGCUAGAGAAGUGUCACAGAAAUUUAGCACCUUUUUCACUACUUAUCAUGUUUUAGGCCAAUAUCUGAUUGUAUUACUACGGGCCACCUAAGUUGCAUGUAAACAGAUGUGGCAUGGAUAUUUAAUCAAUUCAGUACCACUUUACACUUUACGUUAGAAUGUUCUACAAAAGCUUUGUUGGGCUAUCAUAUAUUGCUCAUAUUGCGGAGACAACCCGCAAUGACAGCUUAGCAUAUAAGGUGUCGUGCUAGUAAGCUUGAGGGUGUGGGUUCGAUUCCUGGUCAUGGCGGCUGCAUAUCGAUGGGGGAUGAAAUGCAUAGAACACCGGUGUAUUUAGAUUUAGAUGUUUGUUAAAGAAUCUCAGGUGGUCAAAAUUAAUCCAGAGCCCCCUACUACGGCAUGCCUCAUAAUCAUACCGUGGUUUUGGCACGUUAUACCUGAGCAAUUAUUAUGUUGCGGGGAAACAUUGCUUCAGUAAUAGUGGCGUUUCGUUAUAAGCAGUUUCAGAUUGCGUCAUUAAAUGGACCCUGAGCCACAUUUUUCAAAGUCUAGCAAAAUUUAUGAAUCGAGUAUAGGGCCUUCUGGAAAUAUAUGCUAUUACUUAAAUAAUUUUGAAGAACUAGGUAGUACGAGUGGAGGUGUUACAAGUGCUACAUUCUCUUUUUCCCAUUCGUUGUUGUGUGCUGAGUAAGUUGAGCACUGCCACCAGUGCCAUUCUGCUCCAUUGGAGUGGCAGUACCUUGCUCACGUAAAAAAGAUAUGCAUUAGGUUGAAAAUGGCACUGAGUUUCAUUUUUAUUAGCCAUGCUGCUCUUGUGAGCUCAACUUCAAUUAUUGGAAAUUUGGUGGCACUGCUGAUCCAACCGUUCAUUCCAGUUUUUCUCAUGUAUAUCCUGCUACUUGUUGACUGUUCUUUUUGUUGUGCAGGCAGAUUAAGUCACUGAUUUAUUUGUAGGGAGCAAAACACAUAACUUUCUGUGGGUGCCCACGCUUGUAUUCCAUCAUCUUAUGAAAUUGUGAUGUACAAAUUUUUAUUUUUGUGCCUUAUUUACAAGAUUUCUGUUUUACAAUGUCUUCUUACUCACUUAUUCUUUUUAGAGCUGUUUUGUUUGGGAAGUUACUGCUGAGAAAUUUCCAUGCUGGCAGCAACAUUGCAGGUGUAACCUUCUAAGCAUAAGCAGUAAUGCAGGACUGCAAUACUGUGGCACCAUCUGCCAUUGCUAACCCGUAGGCAGGGGUUUUGGAAGCAGGGGGGCAGGAGGCUUCCCCCCCCCCCAACAUGCACCCAUGGUCUUUGGGUGUGUGUGUGUGUGUGGGGGGGGGGGGGUAGGGCUUCAAGCCAGAUCAACCAUCCAUGCCUAUCUGCACAGUAAUUGUAUGCAUUGUUCGUUACCUAGACUUCUGCACUUUGUCAGCCUUGGCCAUGCAUCUGAUCUUUAUGGUCACUAAUCUAUAAUCCCAGAAAAUGUACUCGUACAGAAACCCAUCUCUUAUUCCUGAAUCAUGUCUUCACAUUUUCCUUCAAAAUAAUCCAUAUCACACACGCUAGUGAAGCCACAUUUUCUUUUCUGCUAAGCCGUUGCUUUAAUCUUUUGCAGGGUGAAUACGGGAUUUUUCUGAGGGGAGGGGGGUCAGCCUAUGGGAGGACCUGAUGGGUCUUCUUCUUGGAGUUAUGCAUUAAAAAAUUAAGGUGGGUCCAGAUGUGAUUCGAACCACAACUUUGAAUCUGCCCGUGAUCUUAUGCCUCUUUGCCUUGCAGGCAUAGUGUACCGCGACUAUGUGAUGGAUGAGAUGCAACUUGCAUGCUGCUGUGAAACCAACUAAAGCUGAUGCCUUUGCAAAGGUUCUGAGCCCACAUCUCUUUUAUUCCCUUGCCCCCCACUUCCAAAGCCUCUGCCCAUAGUAUAGAGUGUACCAACUCUACCUUUGCAAAGAUUCAGAAAAAAAUUUGACAAACAUGGUGAAAUAUGCAAUGUGAUGAAAGAUCAUUGAACAGGGAAUGUCGCUGGAGCCAGCGUUUCGACAUGUGGACUUGUCUUCUUGAAGACAGCAACUGCCUCAACAAAGACAAGCCUCCCUCUUCCACUGAGCUGCUUCUGUCUUGUGUGAAAUAUGCUAGUGCUUCACAUUUGUACAUUAUGCUGCUGCUCCAGAACGUGGCUGUGGGCUAUGUAGGACUUGUUCCGCUAUUCUCCACUAAACAAUGAAGCAGGUGUGCAUUUAUUGUUACUUCGAAUGUCAUAUAUUUUUUAGAGGAUCAUGUAGCCAGUGUUGGCAUGUUGCAUUAAAACUUGAAUGUCAAGU